AUGAUUUCCCACCCCAAGGUUGUGGUACUACCCGUUACGGACCAAGUAAUCCAGCAUGUUGAAGCUUGGGCUGCUGCUGAAUGUGUUACUUCCAUGAAGUUUUUUGAUAAGAAGAGAGAUUUGGAGACAUUUCAAGAUGGCAAUCAAAUUGCAGGAGUGGAUGACACGGAACAAGGUUACUUAGAAGAAGCCUUUGAUCAGGACUAUGAACCUGAAGAUGAAGAUGAACGUGAUUUCAAUCUACGUGGACAAUUCGAUGAUAUCGAUGACUCCAAAAGAGAAGAGCUCUUGGCAGAUGCAGACAAUGAUGUCGAUGAUAUGCCAGAACUCACUGUCAGAUUCCAAGGAGAUGAUGACUAUGAAUCAGACGACGAUUCGGGUGAUGAAGGCAAUGAAGAGGAAGAACCUAUUGUGGCCGAUUUGGAUCACCAUCAAGAAAAUGUCGAUAGAGGGACCGAUGAUAUUGGGAGCCUCGUUACUGAUCUGGAGGACCUACAAGAGCCGCCAGAAGAAGAGAUUGUAUUUGAGCCUGAAGAGCCUCAAGUAGCAAAAGUCACUCGAUCUGGGCAAACGUAUGCGCAAGCUGCAAUGUCUGGGCUGAACCUUUCUCAAGUUCCAAAGAAACCAAGAGAAUGGCCUUCAAGCAGGAGUGGCAGUUCUGCCAAUAAGAACAAGAAUUGA